AUGGCUGAAAACAACGCAGGGCCUCAUCAGAAGAUCGUCCUGGUGGGCAAAGCCGGAAGCGGGAAAAGAGCGACGGGAAACACCAUCCUGGGGCGCAAAGUCUUUACGUCUAGUUCAACGACGACGACUUGGCAAAAGGAGGUACUGUGGAACAACAGGAAGGUUAUGGUGGUCAAUACGCCGGGCGUUUUCAACACCCGGGCCCCGGUGUGUCAAGCUGUGGAAGAAGUGAACAAAUCGAUCAAGUGCUGCCACCCAGGUCCCCACGCCAUUCUGUGGGUCCUGCGUCCUGGCCGUUUCACCCAGGGGGAGAAGGACGAGAAUCGGCUGAUCCAAGAGAUGUUCAGUCACAAAGGCAAGAAUUAUAUGAUCGUUGUGUUCGCCUGCAAGGAUCGCCUGGAAUACACGACUCUGGAGGAAUCCAUUGCCCAGGGAGAUGUCUCGCUUCAGGAACUGGUGGCCUAUUGUGAGAACCGCUACCUGGCCUUCGACAACAAGGCCGAAGAAGAAGAACGGAAGGCUCAGGUGGCCGAACUGAUGAGGAUGAUCGACCAGGUCGUGCACGACAGAGGGGAUGCGACUUGCUACACGGAGGACAUGCUGCGGGCGGACAUAAAGCACUUCAAAGAAACGCGUGGCCUCUCCUGGUGUCCUCUCCUCUAA